AAUUGGUCAGUUUAACUUUAGAGUGUAUACUCUAUACAUUAUCGAAUUUAUAAAUGGAUAAUACAAAUAAAUGAUCAGGAAUAUGAAAAGAAUUAACAAAUACAUUGAUUUUGUGCAAAUAUUGUGAAUGAGCAACUUAAAUGGCACGUAUAACAAAGAUUGUUCCUGAUAGUGUUCAAGAUAAGGAAGUUAAGAUUUUUACUCAAUGGAAAGUCUUGUUAAAUAAACAAAGUCAAUUGAUUAUUAAAGGAACAAUAAAUCAUGAGAUAAUUGCUCAAAGUAAACCCAUUAUAAGGCGAUUGACAACUACCAUUGUCCAAUCUACUUGUAAGCAGUUAUACUACUUAAAAGGACAUAUCAUUGACAAUGAGUAUGAAUUACCAGAUUAUAUCAGGAGUAAAUUUUAUGAUGGAUUUCCCCAUGACUGGGAAAAUGUUUGUGACAUUUGGGGAACAUUUGUACAACAAGGAUGCAAAUCAACUUUUCGCUGGCCUACCCCCAUCAUGGAUAGUGAUGAUGAUUUAAGAAGCGACAUAACAGACACCACAUUUGUAGACCCAAAAAGUACUGAGAAUAGUAUAUCAAAUUCAGAAUCCUUAGAAGAAUCGCAUCCAUCUCAAGCAAGUACUUUGAAUGUCUUACAGACACAGACAGAAAAUUAUGAUAAAGAAAAUACUAAACAAAGAAAUGUAGCUUCAAUUUGUUUUUAUUCUGAAAAUGAAACAAAUAAAUUGAAGGAGAAAUUAGAUCAUAUUAUACAUAAAUUAGCAAACAAGAAUUGUCCUGAAUCGUGUCUCAGUAAAGUUAGUCAAUUACUUGAUCGUUUAUAUUAUAUCAUAAUAAAUGAAUCAGUUACUGACAAUGAAUUCAAUGUAAAGAAUUCAGUAGUAGGACAAAACAAAUAUGUAGAACAGACACAAAAGAAUAGAAUAAAUGGUUAUUGUCCAUCAGAAUCUUUUGUUUUACAAAAUGGUAUUAAGUUGGGGAGAGAUAAUUGUCUAAUUACUGAUAACAAACAAAAUUCUGACUGUAAUGAUUCGUUACGAAAGACGAGAACUUUUGCGAGAGUCGAAACUAGUAAUAGCAGUAGUUCUGAUGGUGAAAGUGAGAUUUAUGCUGGAGUUCCUAAGAUACCAGUAGCACGGAUACUAAAACGGAAUGCAUUAUUAAUAGAGACUCCUAAACAUAAACGAAAAAAAAAGGUUAUUCAUCAAAUGUAUAAUGUGGACAAUAAAAAUACGUUAAGUGUACCUUCGGUUAAAUGUCCUGAUACAAUGCAGAGAUCUGAAAAAAUUAAUGGCGCGAAUCAUUAUGACUCCAGCAUUAGUAUCGUAGAGGAUGAAAAACCAUCUACGAAAUUUACAAAAUGUAUUAAUGCAAAUGUUGGAAGUAUCAUAAACAAGCACACCAAAUUUGAUGUAAGUGAAGGAGAACAAUCAAAUGGAACAAACGCUUGUAUGAAAGAUAAAAAUACGUAUAAAACGCAGGAACGUUUUAUACAAAAAAACUUGAAGUCUUUUGAUACAUUUGGUAAAAUCAAAGAUAAUAAAUGUGAAAUUAAUAGAAGUGCAGAAAAUAGAAAACAAACAGUAGAAGCAUAUUCUCAUGUGAAAACUUCUGAAGAGAGUAGCAGAGACAUGAAUUUUCAGCACCAAAAUCGUAUAUCCUACAAACAGCAUACAGAACUCUUAUCUCGUUCGGAGAAAGAUGUUAACAAAAUGUCAAAACCUGUUAUAAUUAGUUCAAUACCUAUUACAGAUGCUGUAAAUAGUGAUUUGAAACUGUUUGCACAAAAUUUAAAAGCAGAUGUAAUUCAGAAUGAAAACAAAAAUAUGAAGAAACUGAAUAAGAAAACUCAAGGUUUAAUUCAGAAAGGUUCCUCUCUUAAAAAAUCUGAUACCAAAAGAAAUUUUAAAUCAGCAUUGUCAAGUAUUAAAAAAGAUCAUAAAGAAAAUAUUAAAGUUCAGUUGGAUUGCAUGGAUUUCACAACUUCCAGAAAAUUAGCACAGAAUUCAAGAAUUCUUAAAGAUAACCAGAGUAAUAAUGCAGAUACAAAUAAAACUAAGUUAUUAUCUUCUUGGGUACCAUUGGUAAUAAAGAAAUUGGAUAUGAAUUUAAUUUUUGAGGGUAAUUUAAUGAACGAGUCUGGUUAUAUUCUCCAAAGGAAAUUCAGAACAGAUCCUGUGCUUCGCAGAAUAUCACCAAAAUUAGUCGAGACAAUACAUCAUGAAUUUUAUGAACUAAUUGGUAACUUGAAUGAUACGAAGAAUGUGGUACCAAAACAGUUGUUAGUCAAAUGUCGUAAUGGGUGUCCCUUAAAUAUUGAGUUAUUCUGUAAAACGUGGGAAUUGUUACAAAAUGAGAAGUGCACUGCGGAAGAAUUGAACAAUACAGUAGAUACAAUAAAUAUUGGUAGAAGUUCGAAAGGCAGGAGAAUUAUACCUCUAUUAAAUUAUUGGACGGGGGAACGUGUUACUUUAAAAGGUGAUAAUCCAGUAUACAAUCCUGGCAGGCCACAAGAUUCCCUACAUAUUUUUUCUUAUGAUAGUUGUAAUGACAGUAAGUCUGUCAAAAGUACAAAAAAAUGGAAAACCAAUAAGAAAAGGAAAGCAGUUUGAGUCAAUCAAAAGUACAUACUACUGACAUUUAAACUAAUGUACACGUGUAAAAUAAUCUUCAUAUAUAUGUCCAUUGUUAAGAUGUUAUAUAUAAGACAGUCAAACUAUUUUGUUACGUUUUUAAAUAAAAAAUGUUUCAUAAUA